AUGGAGAUGGUAAAAAGAGAAAAGGCUUUCUGCUUUUAAAUCCACCGUUUCCUGAGGCUGGGUGCUGAGUUCAGCUGCCCCUGGAGGAGCCGCAGCUCUGGGCCCCUGGCCGACCCGCAUCUUCUGUCAGGACAGACCCCCAACAGCCAGCGGAAGCAGCUCAGGCCAGCUGUCCUGGGAUGCAACAUCGGACACGCACGCUGGAAUUUGACCCUUUUCCUGCCUGGCACCCAGCAAAAUAAACCCCAGGGCAGGGAUCAAAGCCUGCAACCAGAAUCCAGAAGAAAGAGGAGUGACAGAUACGCCCGGGGCCACAGGCCAAGAGGUCAGCUGGCUUCUGACAUCACACAGCACACUGUCGAGAGCGGGGCCUUCAACUCACCACUCGGGGACCUGGUGGGCAGAGGAGAUUCCCAGCGGAGGAGCCCCACGGGUCGCCAGCGCGACUCUUGUGACCGGCGAGGCGGUUUUGCCGGCGCCUCGGAGCGUCGGUUCUUGGUGCAGAGUCAGAAAAGCACCAUCAAUCUUAACGCCGCUGAUUGA